AGAGAGGCGGCGAGAGAGCUCUCGUUGGUUUAGCUGGCAAGCCCUAGUGAAAGCCCUUGUUUCUUUGCCUUCCUCUACUGCCCAAGUUGCGAAUGCAGAGAGAUGAGAAUUGCUUCGCUUCUUAACCCCCAUUUGGGAGGCGGAAGGUCCCAAAAACAACCCACCGGCGGCAGGAAUUGCCACCGGAAACACGUCGAAGACGGGUGAAUCCUUUCACCCCUUCUCAGCCAGCUUAAAUAUUUUCCCAGUCCAACAAAACAGUGCAGUUCUUCAGCCUGUCAACCUAAACAAACCCUUUAGUUUUCUUGUACUAUUUUCAUUUCUUUUUCAGCAAAAUCAUUCUACAGAGCACCGAUGACAAUGGGGUCCGAGGAGAAAUGCGGAGUACUUCGCGGAAAGUACGAGCUGGGGCGGCUUUUGGGCCACGGGACUUUUGCUAAGGUGUAUAUGUCGCGGAACCUGCAAACGGGCAAGAGCGUGGCCAUGAAAGUUGUUGGGAAAGAGAAGGUGAUAAAGGUAGGGAUGAUGGAGCAAAUCAAACGAGAAAUCUCCGUCAUGAAGAUGGUGAAGCAUCCCAACAUCGUGGAUUUGCAUGAGGUAUUGGCUAGUAAAACCAUUUACUUUGCCAUGGAGCUUAUUCGCGGCGGAGAAUUGUUCGCUAAAAUCGCCAAAGGCCGGCUCCGGGAAGAAGUCGCUAGGAAUUAUUUCCAGCAGUUGAUGUCGGCCAUUGAUUUCUGCCACAGCCGCGGGGUGUAUCAUAGAGACUUGAAGCCUGAGAAUCUCCUCCUAGAUGAGGAUGGGAAUUUGAAGGUGACAGAUUUUGGGCUCAGCGCCUUCACCGCUCAUCUCCGGCGAGAUGGACUAUUGCAUACCACAUGCGGAACGCCGGCCUACGUCGCACCGGAGGUGAUUGGCAAGAAGGGUUAUGAUGGGGCUAGAGCGGAUAUCUGGUCAUGUGGGGUAAUUCUCUUCGUGCUGUUGGCCGGAUAUUUGCCUUUCCAGGAUGAUAAUCUUGUUUCCAUGUAUAGGAAAAUUUACCGCGGAGAUUUCAAGUGCCCGCCUUGGUUGUCACCGGAAGCUCGGAAAUUGAUAACCAAGAUGUUGGAUCCCAACCCAAGUACGAGGGUUUCCAUUUCCAAGAUUAUGGAUUCUUCUUGGUUUAAGAAAUCGGAGCCUAAAACUCUGAGAAGUAAGGAGGAGCAAGAAUUCGCGGUGGUGGAGGAUGAAGGUGUUGUAGAGGGGAAGGAGAUUGAGACUUUGAAUGCUUUCCACAUCAUCUCUUUAUCGGAGGGAUUUGACUUGUCGCCCCUUUUUGAGGAGAAGAAAAGGGAGGAGAAAGAAGAGUUGAGAUUUGCAACGACAAAGCCAGCCAGCAGUGUCAUCUCUAAGCUUGAGGAGGUAGCGAAAACAAAGAAUUUCAGCUUCAAGAGGAACGAUUCCUGUGUUAGAUUGCAGGGGUUGGAAAACGGAAGAAAAGGCAAGCUAGGAAUUGCUGCUGAUAUCUUCGCCGUGGCACCUUCAUUUGUGGUGGUUGAGGUGAAGAAGUCUAGUGGUGAUACUUUGGAGUACAACCAAUUCUGCAACAAAGAGCUCAGACCAGCACUCAAGGACAUUGUUUGGACCACUCCAGCUGGGAAUUCAAUGCCUGCUGCUUGAUUAUGCGGGGAAACCAAGAUUCAUCCAUCAUAUGAUUGGAUCAUCCAUUGACGUUGUAUUUGUUUCUAGUAUUAUGUUGAAAUUGUGAUACUGCUCUUGAAUUAUGAGGCUCUGAAUUGGGAUUUGUUCAUUUAGCUAUAGGAUAUCUUGAUCAUUUGUCCAAGUUUCAGUUAGCUUAUACGUAUCCUUGUGUUUUGCUGUGAAAUUGUGAAUGGAUCUGUGAAUCAGAAUUUCACUGUUGAAUUAAUCAACUUUGUGAAUGGAAUCGUGGCUUUUUGUGCAA